AUGGCGUCCCAAGAAGAGAUGAAAAGCUAUGCCACGUACCUGGCAGUGAACACCCCUGACUCGUCCAAGGGCCGCCCUGUCACUGAAAUCGCCGUAUUCAAGCUCCAGGACCUUUACGUCGAGAAUCAUGCCGCCGCCAUGUCAGAGUUCGAAUCUCAAGUCAUCUCGAAUACCACCCCUGGCUCAGCCUACGCACAAGGUAUCCGCAAACUCGCCUGGGGAUUCUCUGCAGACAGUCCCGACACGUUGGUCUGGAUCCUCGACUGGGAGAGGAUCGAAGACCACUGGGACUUUUGGUUGCGACCUGGUUUCCCGCCGCUGAUGGAAGCGCUUUCAAAGCUAUUUCAAGCUGGAAGGCCCCUGGUUCGACACUACGAUUUUGGUGGUGAUGGGAUGCUUGACGGCAAGUUCCAGGCUGCGAGGGUGAUGGCACGAGAAGGUUAUGCUGUCGACGUGAAUGAGGAUACUUGGUGGUGUACUCUUUUGGGGUAUGAGACGGAGGCACAGGCCAGAGCAGAUACAGGGCUGUCUGUGUCGGCUGUAGAGUCCCAUAUUCUCCAGCUCAGGUAUGCUUAG